GUAUAUUUUUUAUCGAUGGACCAACAGGUUGAAUCCGGAAACUCAGUUGAGGUUCCACAACUGAAUCAAUCUCAGCUGGAAUUCAGAUCCGAUGGAAAUCCGGCUGCAAGUAGAUCGAACCUAGCGGAUAAGUUGAAAACUUUAGAAAAAGAUGAGCUACAAACUCAAGCUCAAAUGGAGUACAUAAAUAUUAAUUCUUUAGAAGAUUUGACUGCAGAGCAGUUACAAAACGAAACGGAUCUCAAGGAAAAACCAGUCGAACAGAAGACGGAACUAGAAGCUGAGGCGCAGCCUGAAGAAAAGCAGCUCCAGCUUGUUGGCAGUGAGAAUUCUACCGAGCAACGGACUUAUGUUAAUCAAUUAAUUGAGGAUAUAUCCUUACCCCGAACAGAAAUAUCCGAAGGCAUUCUCACAUCGGAUGAAGAGAGUGAGACAAGUGACCGACGGCUGCUCAUCAAUUUUGAGGCAGAAGAUCGCAACUCAGUUGACAGCUACACUUUACAUCUGCUAGAUCCUUUGACAAAUUCACAACAGCAGCUGCAGUCUUUGCCCCUUAAUGAAUCCUACAGUUUGAUGGACAAGAUUGAUAUGAGUGGAGUUUUGGACGGAAGCAAUAAUCUUUAUAACAGCACACAUCUCGAAGACAAGCUGCUCUCUGUGAUGCAGAAUCAGGACAACUGGGAUAUCAAGGUUUAUAUAGGCGAAAACAAGUUCUACUGCCAAUUUGUCAUCCUGCAAAUGUUUUGCUCGACUUUCUUGCACUGCAAGGUGGAGGACACAUACGUGAUUCGACUGCCCGAAAACAUGGUGACGGCCCAGGCCUUUAAUAUCAUCUACAAGUGGAUGCUUCAGGAGAAGCCUACAGAGGGCAAGAGCUUGAGCAAUCGUUGCCUCUUCGAAAUUUAUAAAACAGCCGAGUUUCUCGGCAUCGCCGAGCUGGUCGAUUCCAUCUGCAAUACUUUGGACAUGAUUAAAAUUGAUAACGAGGUCUACUCUUUAUUGCCCGAUAUGUCCAACGUGGACUUGCCUGACUUUGAGUACCUCUUCCUCUCGAGAAUCAGUAGAUUCUUUCUUACGCUCGUUUCGUCGUUGGAAUUUGUGGAGAUGUCGCCUAAAUAUAUUAAAAAUCUGCUCAGCAGCCAUUAUUUGGGUGUCAACAGUGAGAUUGAGGUUUUCUAUGCUUUAGUGCGUUGGUUUAGCCACAAUUGGCCACAACGUCAGAUCCAUGUGCCGAAUUUGGUGGGCGGUGUGCGCUUCGGUUUGCUUCCUCCAAUGUUUCUACGUUUCCUGCAGAAUCCACAGAGCACUCGGGUGAUGCACUUUAUCACAAGUGUCCCGGAGGUUAAGGAUAUGAUCAACAAAGCUUUUGUCUUUGCAUCUGCGGAGCUGUACUGCAAGGAUCUCAUCUGCAAGGACCAGAUGCUCUGUCAGUUGCCCGACUACAACAUACCCGAACCUCGCAAGUGGAUCUUCGAUCGCAAGUGUCCCUAUCACCACAAUCUCAUCUGCAGUCAGCGUCAGUUCUUCACCUACGAUCAGUUCCUGGUGUAUUUGGAGACGUUGCAUCACACGAAGCCCAGCCAUUGGAAGAGACUCAAGUACCUGGAGGAUGGUAUAAUUUGCUGUCCACGUUGAGCGUGUCAAAGGUUGCAACAUUGCCACACUCACACACACGCACACACACAAAGGCAAAAAGACAGCGUCAAUGUGCCGCAAUAUUUGGCCAAAACGAAUGCCAAGUUAUUCAAUUUUAGGAGUCAUCAUAUUUUAAUAAGACUGCUAAAUGCGA